AUGGACUCUGAGUACGUGGCGACACUGGAAGGCUCCAAACCGCUCAGGUGGCAUGCCAUUCACAGUGCCGGGCGGGGACACGAUGGUAUCUUAUGCCUAGUUCGUGAGGAUCUCAUUUCUUCCGACCAUAUCCGCUACCACGUGGUGGAACCAGGCCGGCUGUUGCACGUGCGGAUUCUCUUUACUGUACCACUAGAUGUCCUUUGCAUUUAUCAAUGGGCAUGGAACCCUGGGAAAGCAGAGCUCAAUGGGAAAAACCGGCAGGAGGAGAUGUUGCGACAACGACGCCACAUUUGGCACCGCAUUGCUAAGUGGAUCGAGUCCAUCCCUCAACGCUGCACCUGUCUCCUCGCUGGUGAUUUCAAUUGCUCACUCCUCCCGGAACCAGCUUUUUGCGGACAGGGUGUGGUUACCACACAUGGAGGACAUCCAGAUCAGGACACCUUCCAAGAAUUGGUACGUGCCCAUCGUUGCUGUGCUCUUAAUACCUGGUCUGCUUCGGGCCUCUUGGCCAGGACAUAUGUCCCGCCGAAUGCCACACCUCAGCAGGGAUCCCAGAUUGACUACAUCCUUGUUCGUGGCACUACGCCGGACCCCACUGCCAAGAAAGCCCAGCCAUUCCUUGCUGAGUUUGUCCCAAACACAGGCUGUCGACACCUACCAGUUCGGGCCUCGAUCCCAGCUCCCAGGCGACCAUCCACUGGGCCCCGACAACAUCGGCUAGCCCCGCGCCUGGUUCAGGCAGCUCUGAAACAGCCCCACUUUGUGCACAACCUGCAGCUCGACCUACAUCAGGCUCUCCGCGACGAGACUCAGAAAGGGGUGGAGGAUUGGAACUUUGAUGCUUUGAUCCUUGCAGGGUGGAAGCGCGCUGUCGCCAACCAGCCAUCCCACAAGGAGGCCCACCGACCAGCUCAACAGUGUGCUCCCGACACACUGACAGUACAGGUCCACACAUUAUGGACACAACGGGCUGCUCUUCGACAGGCGGGCCGACUGCUACAUACCUGGAGCAGAGCAGGACCCUCCUUGCGACACAGCUUCCAAGUCUGGGCAUGUGCCGCCCGACUACAGGCACAUACCCGUGCCCUCCGGAAAGCCUGCCGCCACAAGAAAACGGAGAAGGUGGCCGAGGCUGUCCAGGCCACCAACAUCCAUCAAGCUGCCAAACGGUUUGCCCCAAAGACACCCAAACGCAGGAUCCAACUCCGCCGAGAAGAUGGUGGCUUACAGACCCACGAGGCUGAAUUCCGACAAAUUGUCCAGCACUUCACGUCACUGUACCAUGCUGCAGAUAUGGAACCGCCCCAGCUGUCAGCAGAUCUGUGCAUUGAAGGAGUGGAGAUUGACAAUGCCCUGUGCCGCCUGCAACCUGGUAAGGCCAUGCCUUCCUGCAAUGCUCCGGCUGCAUUGUGGAAACGUUUUCGGCAGGACCUGGUUCCAUUGUUGCAGCGGCAAUUUGCAUGGCACCUCCGGCCUGGCGUCAGCAACCUCCCAGAAGCCUGGACCCUAUGUGAACUGGUACUAUUGCCUAAACCAGGCAAACCAUUGAAGUCUCCUGCCCACCUUCGACCAAUUUCGCUUUUGGCUCCCGAGGCCAAGAUACUGGCCUCGAUCGUGGCACAGCGACUCAAGGAGCCCGCCAAGGCAUACCUUGCUUCACUUCCACAGUUCGCCUAUGUGGAGGGACGUACCUUACAACAAGCACUUGAACGAGUACUUGGACACUGUGCUCAGGUCAGAGGACUUGUGCAAGGCAACACCCGCAAUAUUCACAACAAGCGUUCGGGCCGGACCAGCCUGAGCCUCUACGGCGGAUGUCAAUUGUCCUUAGAUCUGACGUCGGCAUAUGAUCUGGUCCAAUGGCCCCUGCUGAGGCUGGCCCUGAUCGAUGCCGCCAUCCCGGAACCACUUAUACAGCUCAUCAUGCUGGUUCACCACUCAGCGAAAUUGGCCCUGCAACACUGUGGGUUGAAGCAAACGGUCUCCCUCAAAAGAGGGCUGAGACAAGGUUGCAGCUUGUCGCCCACGUUGUGGGCUAUCUUUUCAGGUUGGAUGCUUAAGCGGAUGCAUGACCCUCAGCUCUUGAAUGUCCAUGAGACAAAUACAAGCUACGCAGACGACCAGCACUACCGAUGGACCAUUCGCGAAGGCAAAGACCUCGAGGUUGCCUAUGCUGGAAUGAAACACGUCCUGGCCUGCCUCCUCAAUGCUGGUAUGCUCAUCAGUCAGGAUAAAACGGUAGUUAUCCUGGAACUGCAGGGUGCCCAAGCCGCUCGAGCUUUAGCUCGAUAUACCGUCGAGCGACCCCAAGGCAAGUGCUUCCGCUUUGUCAUUGCUGAUCAAACUCUGUACCUCAAGAUUGUGCCUAAGCAUGUGUACUUGGGUGCGGUGGUCGGCUUUCGGCACUUUGAACAGGACACCUUCAAGCACAGAUUAUCUUUGGCAAGAUGCACCUUGUCCAGGCUGGGGGUGAUACUUCGCAACCGUGGAGUGCCCCUACGACUUCGCCUGCAACUUUGGCAGGGAUGCGUAUGGCCGGCUCUCUUCCAUGCUCUGGACUGCACGGGACUCCCUCAGAAGGAGCUCCAAACUCUACAGACACAGCUCAUCAAGCAGGCCCGUGCUAUUGCCAAAUCUCACAGCAUGCUGACAAAGGAGACCAACCAAGACUUCAUUCGGCGACUCCGUCUCCCGGACCCAGUGCAGCGGCUUCAGCACGCCCUUAUGCAGCGUGUGACCCUGGACGAAACCCUCUCCCCGGUCCUGGCCCCUGGCCCAGGUCAACUGCAGUGGCGGACCAUUGUGAGAGGGCAUCUCUUUGAUGGACGGAAUGAGUGGGCUCUACCUGACACAAUUGCCUCUGACCCAACUACUACCCCCGCGGCCCGGCUAGAAGAGGUUCAGGAAGUACUCUCCGAGAUCUUCAAGUGUGACGAUUGUGGACAGGAGUUUGCCACUCAAGCUGCUCUCCGUCGGCAUGUGUUUCUGACGCAUCUUAGUCAACAGCAACAACUGGAUAGGUCUGCGGAAGUCAAGGAGUCCAUUAAGGGCGCGGAAAUGGCACAUGCCCUUGACGGAAUGCCUAAAUGCAAGCAUUGCCUGCAUGCCUUUAGCACGUGGCAUGCCUUCCAUUAUCACAUCAACUCCAAGAGCUGUGCUGCCCUCAGAGCCUUGUCCCAAAACCCAGAGGCUCAGGCUAGUGUCUUGCCAGAGAUCACGGAGGCCUUGAUCGCGUCACCAGUGGAAAGUCACUCGCCAUUUCGGACAUCCGACCGGAGGCUUUGCACUGCCAUGUUCGACAACAUGCUGAUGCGACCCGAGCAGGCCAUCCCCUCGGAACUGACGGCAGCCACCCACGAGCUGAGUCUUCUACGAAACCUUGUGAACCAGCAAGCAGGGAUGGGGGCAAUGGGGCCUCAGGGGUCUCAGGAGCGACGGCCAAUGGAGUGGCACAUGGAGACCGACCCGGAGGACAAGGACAUGCCCAGCCGGCGGGACAAGCCGGAAGGACGUCAGCCCAAGUGGCACAAGCCCGACCAAAAGGGCGGCCAAAAGGGCGGCCAAAAAGGAAAGGGCAGGAAUCCCCAGUUCGGCCCAGCCUCACGCUCCAACAACUCCUGGAGAAACAACGGCAAUCCUCAGGCGUCAUCGGGCAACCACUCGUGGCAGGCGGACGGGGACAAGAUGGAGUUGUCGAGGGCGGAGCUCCAGGAGAUCAAGAAUGUCCUGAACAUGGUCUCCACCCUCGUGAUCCGCCAGGAGGUGCAGCAGAACAUCCAGAGGCAGGACACCGGGUUCAUGGUGUUUGUCCAGACUCAGGUGCCGGACAACCUGGCCCAGUCGAUGUACCAGAUCGGCAAGACGUGGCACGACACCAAGCGGGACAAUCCCACUGCCCUGCGACAUCCCAUGCGGGUCACGUUAUACCAGCACUUUGUCCAGACAAUCAAGGAACGGUUUCAGGCGAUGAUGCGGACACCCUCCUCACGAUCCAAGGCAGAGAGCCUGGGAUGGGUAUCCAGCUGCGGCCGGAAAGUCCACGGCCUCAAGUGGGAUACAACGCAGCAGGCGCAUGUCCAGGACGAGACCAUCGCGAGCCUGGAUGUCGUGGAGAUCGAGGAGGCAUUGGACGAACUCCUGACGUGUGCCCCCCAACAGCUUGUCAUCCAGCGGUUCCAUGCAACUCGCCAAUUGGCGGCGGAAUAUCAGUCACCGGUGAUCACCAUGUUCCUGGAGGUGGGGAUGCGGACCGAAGCUGCCCAGUCAACGAGGAUGCUUCCUGAGGCACGAGCGACUACAGAUGAGUGCUUUGGCAAAACGCCUCUCCACAUUGACACAGUGAAGUGUGUCCAGCUGGGGAAUAAGCAUUGCUUCUGCUAUGCGAAUGCGCUGAUGAUGAGCCUGCUUUCUCUUGACUGCAGCAUGGAGGGACCAUCACUCUUCAGUGGGGAUGCUGCACGAGUGGUUGGCGCCAUCCUUCAAUCUGCAGGACAAAUCUUCCACCUGUGGGAGCAAGGGGAGUGGAUUUCCAUGAUGGAAGGGUCUGCGGCUGCAGCGGGCAAUCACCUUAUCCAGGAUCUUGGAUACUCUGUUCCCUUGACUCUUGCACUUCGAUUGCCUCAGUUGCCUAGAUUCCUCAAGACCAUGACCAAGGACCCUGCCAGGGCCCUGACCGCCCUGGCUAAGUGCCACCUCACCAAGUGCAUUGCUAAAGUGCAAAAACAAAAGCUUGGCAAGUGGAAACAGCGCGCGCUACUGAUGUGGCGUACUGUCUUCAUUCCGAAGGAGCAGAGUCGACCUGUCGCGGCCAAUUGCGUUCGCGCCUGCCUUUGCAGUGGUCAUGCUGGUGGUACUGGUGGCCACAAUGCUCACACGCUCUUGGUUGACAUCCAGGCUCGGUCCCAGGCUCACAGAUGUCAUGUUGCCGUUUCCCUUGACGUUGAGAAAGCGUUUGACCGUGCGAGCUGGAGUGUCUCGUUGAUGGUCUUUCGAGUGGGGCAUGCCGCAGUGGUUGGUUUCUACCUUGCAGUACCAAUGGGCUCAUCAGCAACGUCUGUUCUCGCUGAAUUGGCGCAGCGCCGCCAAGUUGAGACCUUUUGGGCACGCUUCCAAGACGUGUCGAGGAUGCGCAAUAAUGAGUCUAAGAUUCAGCGUUGGCAUAUGCGUCGUAGUGAUCAGGUUGGUUUUAUCUUGGGAGCUGUUGUCGGAGCCGAGACUGCCGAGAUCCAUCCGAAGGAGCUGGAGCGCCGUGAUGGUGUUCUUCGUACUGCUGCGCGCAUUGCGGCCUUGCCGGUUGCUAUUAGCAUGCGGUCGAAACUCGCGGCGUCGAUGUUGACUGGCAAAGCGGUUUGGGACCAAGUGGUUACUCAACGCCAAAGAAGCGGAUGA